AUGUCUGGUGAAUAUGGUACUAGUGGUACUGGAGAAAAAACGUCAAGAUCGUUGUGUGAAUGUUUGUCUAGGCUUGAAGAAUCUUGUUUAAGGUAAGAUUUUGGUUAGUAUCUUAUUUAAAAUGGCAGAUUAUAGACUUUGUCAAUUGAACCUGUUUCAUCGUAUAAAAUGUCACUUUUCAAAAAUUUAUAAUUUCAGGUCACGAGAGCCAAUUCCGGUUAGUAUGUUGAAUUACAACUCUGAUGUCGGUCGGAUAAUGUACUCCUUAGCAAUAAUUCUCAUGUUCUCAUUUAUCAUAUUGUUGUUGAUGGUGCGGUCGAUAAAACGAUCAAAUUCUACUAUUGAGGUAUGUUUUUUUGUAUUGUUUUUGUUUUUGAUAGUUCCUGAUAUAAUUUAUGGCAUUUUAUACUUUUCCAAUAUUUUUUGUGGCAUUUCGUCAUUUUCCAAUUAGUUUUGUGACAUUUCGUACUUUCUAAUACCUUUUGUGACAUUUCGUACUUUUCUAAUAACUUUUGUGCUAUUUCUUCAUUUUCCAAUAAAUGUUGUGACAUUUCGUUAAAUUUAAAAAAAAAUCUGUUAUAGGUAGAAGCCCUAUUAGAUGCGAUGAGAUUUCGUGAAGAGCUAGACUUACAACAACGUCAGAAACGACGGCUUCAGAAAGCCAAAAGCAAAGUGACAGCUUGGUUGACCAAAACUAAUGGCAAGCUUUGGACUAGCUCACCUCAGAUUAUAUUGCCUAAUAAUGGCACGGCCAAUAGUAAUAAUACCAAUGGAAAAAUACCUACUGUAGUUAGAAAACCGGCUCUGAAAAAUACGAGGAAUGACUCUAUGCAGUAG